AUGGCCAGCAAACCGAAAAACUUGAACUCAUUUGUCGAAGAAGAGGCCCAAUGGUACGCCUGCGAGUGUCCAUCCUGCCAGGCAGGCGCCCGCUACGAAAGCUUGGUACCCCGAUGGCUUGCUGGCGGUUUCUUUCUACCAUUCCUCUGGAUCGGGAACAUUCUGAUCUACGUCUACACCCAGUGGCAUCUCGACUACGAGCCCACACACGCCGAGAUCCCGCCAGAAGAACUACCUACUGUCUACGAAGUCGAGACAAAAAUCGACAAGACCCAUCUCGAAAUAAGCAACGAUGUCGCAGCGGAAAUUGACCGAGUCAACGAAACCACUGUCACAUUCGCGGACCCAGCGUCUCCCCCACACGGCCUGCAAUACCACAGAAAGCUGUUUCUCAAGCAAGCAGCGUCCCAAAUACUGGACUCGCACGAAGCGAAAAGAGCCUACUACAGAAAGUGGACCAUGUGGACGGUCCUGGCAGUCGUGGCGUACUCCGUCACGAUACUCCUGCUGGUGAUGGCGUACGACACAGGCUACACCAACUAG